GCCCAUCCCGACCAAGUUUCCCGGUACGCUUCUGCGCUCUACCCUUAACUUUCACGCACUGUUCUGCCAGGUCACGGUGACAAGCGUUGCUGGGACCUUGACAGACCUGGAUGGUGUCGUCUCUCGUAUGGAGUCUAGUCAUCCAUCUGUUUGUCACUGUCGUGGGCGUGCUGUCCGUGGAUGCUGACCUUGUGAAAAGCCAAACUCCACGCCCGCAAGGUCGCCGCGGAGCUCAACGCCAGCGAUGGCCUCGUUUUCCUGCCCGGUGAGCCGAGCCGCAGCUACGAGGACUCGGACAUGGGUCCGGCCUUCCGACAGCGGCGAUACUUCUACUACCUGAGCGGCGCCAACUUUGCCGACUGCGCCGUGACCUACGAGCUCGCGUCGGACCGCCUGAUCCUCUGGAUCCCCUACGUCGAGCCGCGCCAGGUCCUCUGGUUCGGCUCGACGCCGGGCAUCGCCGAGUGCCUCAAGCAGCUCGACGUCGACGACGUGCGCUACACGACGCAGCUCAGCAAGUUCCUGUACCGGCACCUCACCCCCGGUUCGACGCUCUAUGUCCUCCACGCCGACCAGGUGCCGCCGCUGCUGCACGGCGACCUGCUGCAGACGGCCGCCGAGGUGCGCGUCGACACCACCUCGCUCCAGCCGGCCGCCGACCAGGCCCGCGUCGUCAAGACGGAGUACGAGGUCGCCAUGAUCCGCAAAGCCGCGGCCGUGUCGGCGGCGGCGCACCGCAAAGUCGCCGAGAGGCUGCUGAAGCUGGGCAACGAGAGCGAAAUCGAGGCCAUUUUCCAGGCGUGGUGCACCACCGAGGGCGCGCGGGAGCAGUCGUACGCCAUCAUCGCCGGCAGCGGCAAGAACGCGAGCACGCUGCACUACGACGCCAACGACGAGCCGCUCGAGGGCCGCGAGGUCGUCGUCUUCGACGCCGGGUGCGAGUGGCACUGCUACGCGAGCGACAUCACCCGCACGCUGCCCAUUUCGGGACGCUUCUCGGCCGAGAGCCGGGCCGUGUACGACGUCGUGGCGCGGAUGCAGGACGAGUGCAUCGCGCGGAUCCGGCCGGGUACGCUGUUUUUUGACUUGCACGUCCACGCGAGCCGGGUCGCGCAGGAAGGGCUGCUGAAGCUGGGCGUGCUUAGGGGGGAUCCGGCCGAGGUGUGGGACGCGGGCACCGUCGCGGCGUUUUUCCCGCACGGGCUGGGACACCACGUCGGGCUGGAGGUGCACGACGUCUCUGGGCGGGAGAGGCUGCUGCUGCUGAAUAAGGGGACGGGCGGGCGCGUCGGGAAGAGGGAGGUCAUCACGCCCGAGAUGAUGAGUGCCAUGGCGCAGGCGGGCGUCGGUGCUGGUGUUGGCGGUGCUGCUGCUGCUUCGGUGCCGCCGCCGUACCGGGGCCGACAGUACCUGCGCAAGAACAUGAUUGUGACGGUGGAGCCCGGGAUCUACUUUUGCAGAGAGUAUAUCGAGGGCUACUUCCUCAGCAACCCCCGCCACGCGCGCUUCAUCAACAAGACGGUGCUGGAGCGGUACUACCGCGUCGGCGGCGUGCGCAUCGAGGACGACAUUCUGGUCACGGACGACGGGUACGAGAAUUUGUCUACGGGGGCGCCCAAGGGGGAGGAGCUGUUGCGGGUUAUUAAUGGCAAGGCGUAGUAGAUGUCUUGGUGGGGGAUGAUGACGAUGCCGAUGAUGAUAAGUUUGUUCAAUUAGUUUUUUUGUAGAUUGGUAAUGUA